AUGGCUGAGAACAAUACCGAUACCAGUCAACCUGAUAUUGAUUUUGCUAAGUUCCUUACUUUGCUUCCCAGUGCUCUUCCAGAUCACCUCCAUUAUCUGAUUCGUGAUGAACUUGAUGUGAUUCAUAAGAUCUUUCGCGAUUUACCACCUCAUUGGCGUGGUGUCUUCAUUGAUAUCCUUUCUGGGAAGGCGUCUAAGUUUCGUGAUUAUCUCCUUCUUGCGAAAUCCUAUGGAUGCCCUGUUAAUUCAGUGCUUCAAUUAUUCGCUGAACUACGUAUGUUCCAUAUGACGGCUAAAAUGGAAGCUAUCUUGGGACAUCCUUUGGUCACCCUUGCCCAAAAUUAUGGAAAUCCUAAUAAUGGCACUGGUAAAACUGGGCUUCUGUAUGCAUGGUUAGCGCCAUCAAAGGCUGCUUCAAUUCUCCAUUUGCAAAAUGUGGCCUUUGGAUUACAUGAUAUGCCGAGAUGCACUCGUGCCAUCCUUGCUGAAAACUAUGGAAAUCCUAAUAAUGGCACUGGUAGUACUGGGUUUCAGCGUCAAAGGUCAGGGCCAUCAAAUGGUUCUCUGGUUCAUCAUGAUACAGCAGGCCUUCAUGGUAAUACUGCCGGUACAGAUGUGGCAAUCUCGGCUGCUGGGCAUGGUACACCACCUUACCAUGAUAACAAUACUGUCGGUACAGAUUUGGCAAUCUCUGUUGCUGGGCAUCGGAGUGUUCUUAAACCCUCACAUGCCACGGUUCUUGAUGAUAUAACCAAUCUGAUGAAAGAAAUCUUUGCCUCCUUGAACGGCAAUCCUCAGCUUGCCAGAGAUUACCCAAAAUGGUUUACGACUUUACUUGGAAUCAAUGGUGGUGUAAUCAUUACCCUGAUUUCCAAGUCGACCAGCAACAACCCCCAAUCACUUUCUACUGAAAUCAUGGAAUCUUUUACUGCAUUAUCUGCAGUUGUUGGAUUCUCUGCUAGCUUAGCAGGACUGUACCUUAUUACCAAUAAGCCACAGACAUUACCAUUUAGCUGCGACUCUGAAAUUGCCACCCGAAAGGUGGGAAUUGUGGGUGGCAUUGCUACUGCCUUUGCGUUUAUAGCAGGCGUUCUCUUGCUCCUGCCAAAUAACCCAUUCAGAUGGAUCACAAUGGGCCUGGCUGCUGCAUUACUCUUAAUCCCAUUCCUCAUCAGGUUUUUGGGUUAAUUCUCAGGAGAAUAUGCAUGUUGGCUGGGUUCUUCUUAAAUAUGAGUAGUAAUCAGUAGCGACUGGAAUGGUUGGGUUUUUUUUUUUUUUUUCAUCUAGACUUAAUUUGAAUUAAGUCUCUUGUACUAGGGCUUUGCCCUCUCGGUGUAACAAAGAAAUUGUAUUUUGUUGAUGAAACAAGACCUGAAAUAUCAU